CAUCCGGAUCAUUCAAGUCCCUGUCGUUAUAGCGAACAGGUGCUCCGACACAUAGCACAGCACUGAAUACGAAAACCAAAUAGCUACUGAUCAUUCAUAAUAUUCAGAAGAAGACUGAAUAAGCUUGAUAUUCCAACGCAGCAUUAAAAGAGAUUACAAAGUGUUUCGGCCAAAUUUAGAUAAGCAAUUGGAACCUGUCAGUAACCAAUUUUGCCCUAGAACGCAUGCGCAAACAUGAUCUCUUUCAAAAUGACUCCGUUACCAGACAUUGUGCGCGCUUGUCAAGUGGAGCUGGGAACAAGAGAAGUGGAGAAUCUUGAUGCUCGGAAAAGGAGACUGUUGGUAUCAACCAUUGCCAGCAAUGACAUCAACCUAACUGCUAAGUGAUGCUCAAGUACUGAAGGAGAAGGAACUCAUGAGGUUAUUGUAAUGUGAUGAUGCCAUGAAAACUGCUCAUGGUUUAUUUACUCAGGUGAAAGCAUCUUUCCUUUAUAUAACCAUCAGAUUCCAGGUUUGUCUUUCCCUAGUAUUAUCCAUCUUACUUUUACUACCUCCAACUUUUUUCUCUCUACGUAUAAGACAGUAACAAGUGGAAGCAAUUAACAGUCUUCAAAUGAAAGAGUGUUGAUGUGACAAUGUGGUUUGCCAUGGUGCUGUUUGGACAAUGCAAAUUUGCCGGUAUUUGCAUUGGCUGUACAAUUACAUCAGCACAAAGCACAUGUCUUGCUUUCACUUGACCUUCCUCUGUCAUUCCAAAGAAAUAUAGAAGAAUAAGAAAAGUUUUACUAAUUCUGUUAAAUUUCUUUGCAACAGCCACAACAGUAUCUCCAGCUUCUGCAACCACCAGUACUACCACUACCCCAACAAAGACAACACCUAUUUCAUCUACAACUACUUCAACUGGAAAAACUAUUACCAGUACAACUAGCCCAAGUAUUGACACCACCACCAUUAUUCCAAACACAAGAGCAACGACAAAAGCCAUGCUAUCCACAACGGCAACAACAGAAGAAGACAUAGUCAGUACAACUAGCACAGCUAUAAACACUACCAAUUGGCCAACAACAACAACAACAACAACAACAACAACAACAAUAAUAACAUCUUUGCCAUCCACAAGCACUUUGACAGGAAAACCCAUCACCAGUAGAACUAGCUCAAGUACCACCACAGUCAGUGCUCCAGCAACCACAACACCUGUUGCAACCAUAACCACUACAACUGGAAAAACCACUACUAGUACAACUAGCCUAAGCACUGAUACCACCACCAUUAUUCCAAACACAAGACCAACCACAAAAGCCAUGCUAUCCACCACAUCAACAACAGAAGAAGCCGUAGUCAGUACAACCAGUCCACGUAUAAGCACUACCAGUUUGCCAAAAACAACAAUAACAUCUGUUCCAUCCACAAGCACUUUGACAGGAAAACCCAUCACCAGUGGAACUAGUUCUAGUACCACCACAGUCAGUGUUCCAACAACUACAACGCCUAUUGUAACAAUACCCACUACAACUGGAAAAACCAUCACUAGUGUUACAAUUCCUGCUACCACAACUGUCACUUUUCCAACAACCACAGCGCCUGUUUCUUCCACGACAGCAAAAGAAGAAACCACCACCAGCACAACUAGUUCAGCUGCCACUACAACCACUGUACCAACAACCACAACACCUAUUCCAACCACAGCCACUGUAACUGGAAACCCCACUUCUAGUACCAUUGGCCCAACCACCACCACAGUCAGUGCUCCAGCAACCACAACACCUGUUGCAACCAUAACCACUACAACUGGAAAAACCAUUACUAGUACAACCAUUACUAGCCUAAGCACUGACACCACAUCAUCAACAGAAGAAGCCGUAGUCAGUACAACCAGUCCACGUAUAAGCACUACCAGUUUGCCAACAACAACAAUAACAUCUGUUUCAUCCACAAGCACUUUGACAGGAAAACCCAUCACCAGUAGAACUAGCUCUAGUACCACCAUAGUCAAUGUUCCAACAACCACAACCACAACAACUGGAAAAACCAUCACUAGUGUUACAAUUCCUGCUACUACAACUGUCACUUUUCCAACAACCACAGCGCCUGUUUCUUCCACGACAGCAAAAGAAAAAACCACCAUCAGUACAACUAGUUCAGCUGCCACUACUACCACUGUCCCAACAACCACAACACCUAUUCCAACCACAGCUACUGUAACUGGAAAACCCACUUCUAGUACCAUUGGCCCAACCACCACCACUGCUGUUGUCCCUAUAGCUAUAACACCUGUUUCAUCCACACCUACUAUAAAAACCAUCAUUAGCACCAAUAGCCCAACCACCACCAUUAUUGUUCCAUCAACAACUAACACAAUUGAAAAAACUACUAACUCAACCUCCAGUACUGCACAUGUUACAAUUAGCCCAACCACCAAAAGCACAUCAUUGUCUACAGUUGAAUCAUCCACAACAUCUUAUCACAUCACAACUGAAGUAGUACCAACAACUACAACUGGUCUUACACAGUCAACUGUGAUAACACCUACUCACAGAACUUCAAGAUCUGGGGAAUCUACCACAACACGCCAUUCAUCUUCAAGCCCUCCAGCUUCUUCAACAGACACUACUACCAAAACUUCAGUGACAAAGUUUACAGCUGGUCACACCAUGACUUCUCCAGCUACUACUAAAAGCUUUAUAACUACUGGUAUGCCACCCAGUACAACUCCUACCUACAAAAUUUCACCUUCAACUGGACAAACUAUUUCUCAACCGGGAACUAUUGUUGAAACCAAAUUAACUUCAACUACUGUGAUCACUGACGUUAAUGUUACUCCAAGUCCUACUGUUAUUAGCUCCCAAAUUACUGCAGAUACUUCUUCAAAUGUCAGCCCAAUAACUUCUAGACCGGUAACUUCCACGAGUCAAGCAGCCACUGUGGGACUAAGCACAACUGAACUUAAAACAAUCACUUCACCCAGAACCUACACAACCUCUGCAACUAUGGGAACUACGAUUGCUGCAGGUCCUGUGACUUCCCUUGAAACAACUUUGCUACAGACCUCUGAACAAACAACUACACCUGGUACAACAGUCAGGACUGAUUCCUCAACUAUGAUAAACCCAACUACCACUGGACCUACGACUACUACAGUUAAAAAUAAAACUACCUCGCCAAUAACUUCAAGACCUACUACAUUUACUGAGAUUACUAUUCCAAAAUCCUCAAAAACUGAAACUUCAGAGACAAAAUUUACAGCUGGUCAUACUACGACUUCUCCUGCUACUACUAAAAGAUUUAUAACUACUGAUAUGCCACCUAGUAUAACUCCUACCUACAAAAUAACACCAUCAGCUGGACAAACUAUUUCUCAACCGGGAACUAUUGUUGAAACCAAAUCAACUUCAACUACUGUGAUCACUGACGUUAAUGUUACUCCAGGUCCUACUGUUAUUAGCUCCCAAAUUACUGCAGAUACAUCUUUAAAUGUCAGCCCAAUAACUACUAGACCUGCAGCUUCCACGAGUCGAGCAGCCACUAUGGGACUAAGUACAACUGGACUUAAAACAAUCACUUCACCAAGAACCUCCACAAUCUCUGCAACUGUGGGAACUACAAUUGCUGCAGGUCCUUUGACUUCUCUUGAAACAACUUUGCUACAGACCACCGAACAAACAGCUACACCUGCUAAAACAGUCAGGACUGAUUCAUCAACUAUGAUUUACCCAACUACCACAGGACCUACGACUACUACAGUUAAAAAGAAAACUACCUCACCAUUAACUUCAAGACCUACUACAUUUACUGAGAUUACUAAUACAAAAUCUUCAAAAACCGAAACUUCAGUAUCACAAUUUACAGCUGGUCACUCCACGAUUUCUCCAUCUACUUCUAAAAGCUUUAUAACUACCGGUAUGCCACCUAGUACAACUCCUACCUACAAAAUUCCACCUUCAACUGGACAAACUAUUUCUCAACCGGGAACUAUUGUUGAAACCAAAUCAACUUCAACUACUGUGAUCACUGACGUUAAUGUUACUCCAGGUCCUACUGUUAUUAGCUCCCAAAUUACUGCAGAUACUUCUUUAAAUGUCAGCCCAAUAACUACUAGACCUGCAGCUUCCACGAGUCGAGCAGCCACUAUGGGACUAAGUACAACUGGACUUAAAACAAUCACUUCACCCAGAACCUCCACAAUCUCUGCAACUGUGGGAACUACAAUUGCUGCAAUUCCUUUGACUUCCCUUGAAACAACUUUGCUACAGACCUCUGAACAAACAACUACUCCUGCUACAACAGGCAGGACUGAUCGCACAACUACAAUUAACCCAACUACCACUGAACCUACGACUACUGCAGUUAAAAAGAAAACUAGCUCACCAAUAACUUCAAGACCUACGACGUUCACUGAAAUUACUAAUACAAAAUCUUCAAAAACCGUGAGAACCUCAACAAUCACCCCUGCUGUUCCAGUACCACCUGUUCCCACAACUACAAAAGGAAUCAUCCCUGAUGCAUCAAAAACAACUGAUAUUUUACCAACAGUCACCCCUCCAGUGGUGACCACUACUCAAGAGAGAACCUCAACAAUCAUCCCUGAUGUUCCGGUAACACCUAUUCCCACAACUACAAAAGCUAUUAUCCCUGAUGUUACAGUAUCAUCUGUUCCUACAACUACGAAAGCAAUCAUCCCUGAUGCAUCAAAAGCAUCUACUAUUUUACCAACAGGUACACCUCCAGUGGUGACCACUACUCAAGAGACAACCUCAACAAUCAUCCCUGAUACAUCAAAAGCAACUGAUAACUUACCAACAGUUACCCCUCCAGUGGUGACCAGUACUCAAGAGACAACCUCAACAGUCAUCCCUGAUGUUCCGGUAUCAUCUGUUCCCACAACUACGAAAGCAAUCAUCCCUGAUGUUCCAGUACCAUCUGUUCCCACAACUACAAAAGCAAUCAUCCCUGAUGUUCCAGUAUCAUCUGUUCCCACAACUACAAAAGCAGUCAGCCCUAAUGUUCCAGUAUCAUCUGUUCCCACAACUACAAAAGUAAUCAUCCCUGAUGCAUCAAAAGCAACUGAUAUUUUACCAACAGUUGCCCCUCCAGUGGUGACCACUACUCAAGUGUCAUCUGCUCCUACAACUACAAAAGCCGUCAUCCCUGAUGUUCCAGUAUCAUCUGUUCCUACAACUACAAAAGCAAUCAUCCCUGGUGUUCCCGUAACAUCUGUUCCCACAACUACAAAAGCAAUCAUCCCUGAUGUUCCUGUAACAUCUGCUCCCACAACUACAAAAGCCGUCAUCCCUGAUGUUCCAGUAUCAUCUGUUCCCACAACUACAAAAGCAAUCAUCCCUGAUGUUCCUGUAACAUCUGCUCCCACAACUACAAAAGCCGUCAUCCCUGAUGUUCCAGUAUCAUCUGUUCCCACAACUACAAAAGCAAUCAUCCCUGAUGUUCCUGUAACAUCUGCUCCCACAACUACAAAAGCCGUCAUCCCUGAUGUUCCAGUAUCAUCUGUUCCCACAACUACAAAAGCAAUCAUCCCUGAUGUUCCUGUAACAUCUGUUCCCACAACUACACAAGCAAUCAUCCCUGAUACAUCAAAAGCAACUGAUAUUUUACCAUCUGUUACCCCUCCAGUGGUGACCAGUACUCAAGAGAGAACCCCAACAACCAUCCCUGCUGUGGCAACGAUAAUCACCCCUGCUGUUCCAAUAACAGCUGUUCCCACAACUACAAAAGCAAACAUCCCUGAUGUAACAACAGUGGUGACCACUACUCAAGAAAUUACUGUCUUCAAGUACUUUGGUCUGGUUGAAGGUGGACCUUCAUCUGCUGUUAUCGUUUUUGAUGUCAGUAUCAUUGUCUACAUGGCCCAAAUGAAAACAACAAGAUUUACAUUCAUCUUCCAAGUACAAACAUCCGGGGCAAGCAGCACGACCUAUGCAGCACAAACAAAGAAAACCAAGAAGUCUCGCCAAGCGUCAACAAAUUCUGACGCCUCUCAGGGGAUGAUGGUGAACGCUCUGGAAGCAGGAGAUUCAAGCCCUUUUCAGUCUCAAAUGGAGAACACAGAAAAUGUCACAUCCACCAAAGCAGAGGAUGUCAAAUGCAUGUAUACCAUGAAGUUAGUUAUUAUGAAGGUUGAAUUUAGAUACAAGAAUGGAAGCCUCAUUCCUGGCUGUGAUCCUGAUAAUCAAGCCAAUGCUUCACCGCCUUACAUUGAAAUAGAAGACCAGUAUAACAGAACCACCAGAUUUUGCCGGGUCACCUCCCAAAAUAAUACUAUAUAUACUUUUGGAGAUCUAGCUAAGGGGACACUUGUUACCACUGGAGCUGCGGACAUAGUUCCAGAUAUUCAGAUCGUUCAAGAGAGACUCCCAUAUUGUUGUGGUGGUACUUUUUAUGCAUCCUACCAAGAUGAACUCCUCACAACAGAUCAUUAUGCAACUAGCCCUGAUUACCCUCUCAACUACAAGUCUAACAUGAGAUGUCCCUAUAUAUUCAGAUGCAUUCCAACACCACCAGCCAAAAACUGUAGUAUACAAAUCGACUUCAUCGACUUUAGACUUGAUGCAUCAAACGCCCAAGCAGGGACCAGUAAGAACAACAAAAAUGUGCGUGCUGCCUCUACUGGCGUAGUUCCUCCUAACCAAGGAUUCAAGAAUUGCGGCAGGAAAGAUUAUGUACGGGUGGCCAAGUGUGGCAGCAUUACUGGAUAUGAAAGUCAGCUGUACUGCAGUGGUCGAGAGCCUUUCAAAUCAUGGACUGCAGAGAAUGAGAUUCUUGUCUAUUUCAAAUCAGAUGAAAAACUCGAAGACUCAGGAUUUGUUUUAUCAUACACUGCACUCGAUACAAAUUACGGAAUAUACACACCGGCAGAAAUUAAUUCUACUUGCCGCUGCGGUCAGGCUAUUCCUUCACGGGUCAGAGCUGAGAGUGAAAAGCUCAUUCAAUCAGGAUCUAAAGAAAAGGGCAGUAAGAAGACGAAAGCCGCAAAGCAAAAGGCGUUGAAGUCAAAGCGAAGAAAAGCCAGUGCGAGUAAAGACAGCCGUGUUAAUAAGUCUGUUAUGAGUAAAGGAAAUCUUCAGUUCAAAGAAGGUGUGAAAGAAAUUAAAAACAAAAAAGGAAAAAAGAAAACACAAACAAUACAAACUGGAAAUAAAAAGGGAAAAAAGAAAACACAAACAAUUCAAACUGGAAACAAAAAGGGAAAAAAGAAAACACAAACAAUUCAAGUUGGAAACAAAAAGGGAAAAAAGAAAACACAAACAAUUCAAGCUGGAAACAAAAAGGGAAAAAAGAAAACACAAACAAUUCAAACUGGAAAAGCCAAAAGUAAAGUGAAAAGGAAAAGAUUCAAGAAAUCUAAAAAGAAAUCAAAGAAAAAAAAGACUACUGCACCAAAGAAAGGAUAUAAAACUGGUAAAGCGAAAAGUAUUACUGCCGCUACAGGAAAUCAACCAAAGACUAAGAUAACCAAAACGAACAAAAAAGGUGCACGAAGACCUAAGAAAAAAAAAUAUAAAGGGAAUAAAUUAUUAAAGUCAAAAAGUCUAAAAUCGAAAAAAGCAAAAAACAGGCCUGGAGAGUCAAGAGUCUAUAAAGGAAAAAAGAUUAAAGAUCCAAAAGAAUCAUCAUUCAUAGUGACUAUCCUUCAGCGAGUACUAAACAAAAAAAACAAAAAGCCAAAAAGUAAAAAUAGAAUGAAACGUCAAAGUGGUCAAGGAAGAAAAAAGAAGAAUACUUACAAAAUUGCUCGGCAAUGUGUAGGAGUUGCAGUGAAUGAACGUUUCAUACUAACAUCAACAGCUUGUUGUACAUACUGUCGGUAUGCGUGGGAAAAAAAAUUCAAGAAGAAGCAGACCACAACAAUAUCUGGGGUGUUAUCUAGAUUGAAAAGUGGAGCUGCUGUACAAAUGAGGAAUAACAGUGUUGGGAAUAAACGAAACAAAAACAAGAAAAAGAGACAGAAAGUAUCCAAGAUACAAAAUAAAAAGAAAAAAGAAAAUGUUCGUAAUAAAAGCCAAAAAGAUAAAUCCAACAAAAAGAAAACUCGUAAAAAAAAGAAUACCAACGUAAGUAAAAUUAAAAGUGAAGGAAACAAAAAAGGAAACAAAAAGAAAACUCUACGGAAGAAAAAUAAGAAAAAAUACAGUAUUACAUCCAAACAACAAUCAAAAGGUGGUAAAACUCAAAAGAUUGGUAAUCUGAAACCUACGGAAAAAUCAAAGAAACAGUUUUCUAAAAGCAAAUUAGAAAAAGCAAAAUCUGUGAAGAAAGGGGUACGGCAAAAUAAUAAUGACAAGAAGAAGAAGAAGAAGAAGAAGAAGAAGAAGAAGAAGAAGAAGAAAGGUGGAUUCCGAGCCCCCAAAAAGAAUGAUAUAUAUGUUAUGCCAGGACAAUUCCAGAUAAAACCAAACAAAUUUAAUACUUAUAAAAUUGUGAAACCGAAACGGUUAUAUCUCCCUGAAGAAUGUGUAUUAAGAAUGAAUGAUAAGAAGACAGAUGAUGGGAAGAAGUUGUACAGAGCGGAGUGUCCAGUAAUCAUAGAGGUUAAGAAAUCAAUGGUUAUUGGAGAGAAUGCUGUCACUCCAAUUUGUCUCCCAGGUUUUGAAACUAUUGACAUUAGCAGCAGCGUAGGUGCCUCCAUUGGCUACGGCAAAAAGAACAAAAAUGCCAAAAAGAUGGUAGUAAAGCCUAAGAUUCUCACGGGUAUCAAGGAGAAGUCAACAAGCGAGUGCCAGACCUCUCUUAAGAGAAUUCUUCCUGAAGAUAUGUUCUGUACGCAUGUUCCGACAACUGGUGGCUCAAACUGUAUAGGUGACGAAGGAAGUCCAUUUAUAUUAUACACACCAACGAGUGCUGGUUAUGGAGAACACAUUACCGUAGGGGCUUUACUGGCGGGGUCAGGAUGUCCUAAAGUAAAGAAAAAGAAACCAAAGGCUAAAGUAGUUUCAAGGAACAGAAAAAAAACUCUUAACAAAAGGAAACAAAAAUCUGAUAAGAGGUCAAAAAAUCUGCCAAGAAAAAAGCACUUUCCCAGAAUAAAUAAGUCCGGUAAAGCAAAACAUAAGAUAGUUAAGAAGAUGGUGAAAUCUCAAAGUCAAAAGAAACCAGUUAAAAGGAAAAGUGGAACAAAAGUAACUAAAAGAGACAGACUAUAUGACAUUGACAGAGUCAUAGAAAUAAAUCGUAAAACUGGACGUGCCCUUGUAAGACAAACUACAGGUACAGGGAAAAAGAAGAAGAAGAAGAAGAAAAAGAGCGUAAAGCAGCCCAAGAAAUACAACAAACUAUACAAUAAUGGAAAAGGUAUCGAUACAUGGGUAUCUCUCACACGUUACAUGACCUGGAUUGUCAAGAUUGUCUUCGCCGGCGAUGACACAUUACUUUGCCAACGACCUCUUGACUUAAAUUCAGCAGCAGAGGUUAUGAACAAAACUCUCCAAAGCGAUGAAUGCUCUGUUCCUACAACGGAACCGCAGGGUGGAUUCACAUUCAGCUCCACAACCGUGUAAGGACUCCAUACAGUGAAGCUGUUAGAAGUGCUUCCAUCAGCUGUAUGGUUGUGCAGGUUCAUCCUAUGGAAGAGAACAUCAUAGAAAGAAUUUAGCUCAUAGCAUCAUUUGUAGAAUUCUUGUUACUGUGGAAGCUUAGCAUUGUAAUUGGUACAUAUUGGGAAAAUCUUGUUACUAAUCAGAUUCUGCUUUAUCUUACUAAGGUGAUCAACUUUAGUGACAAAAUGGAUACUGAACCCUUGUUCAUUGUGGAGAAAGUGAGUGGCAAAGAAUUUAAGUGUUUGUUAGCAAGAAUCUGAAUGAUUUGAGUUUUUGUCCAUUAUCUGUAUAAUUUUCUGAUAAAGCAUUUAGAUGUAAGCCGACCUUUUACAUUUUGAUGUGUAACAGCGAUGUUCUUGUUGAGAUAAUACCAGCAAAAGAAGUAACAUGUGAUUUGAAAACACAUAGUUCAGAUUGUUAAAAUUCUUUUCUUGCAGUUGAUUUAGCAAUUUGGUCUUCAAUGGUCGGCAAUAAAAUUUUACUACUACUAA